GGUCCCGGAUCCACCGGCGGAAACGGAAGAUGCGGGCGGUUGCACUGGCUUGUGCAAUCUGCUAGUCAUUUUAAGACAGGAAGCUGUUCGUGGGGAUGCUGAACAAGCAGCAGACCGAGGAGGACGUGUACCGUCUGUUUGAGCCCUACGGAGUCAUCGAGGAGUGCACAGUGUUGAGAGGUCCCGACGGGAACAGUAAAGGCUGUGCCUUUGUAAAGUUCUCCACACACGCCGAAGCGCAGUCUGCAAUCAGCGCCCUGCAUGGCAGCCAGACCAUGCCAAGCGGCUCUGACUCUCUCCCCCUACCCCAGGGCGCCUCCUCCAGCCUGGUGGUCAAGUUCGCCGACACGGACAAGGAGCGCACAAUCCGCCGCAUGCAACAGAUGGUCGGUCAGUUCGGCAUCUUCAACCCCGCCAUCGCUCUGCCCUUCAGCACCUAUAGCACCUACGCACACGCGCAGCUCAUGCAGCAGCAGGCAGCCAUCAUGGCGGCCAGCCACGGGGGCUACCUGACGCCCAGUGUGGCCUUCCCCGCCACACAGAUCCACCAGAUGGGGGCGCUCAACAUCAACGGCCUCCCGCCCACCCCCAUGACCCCGGUGUCGGGUGAGUUUCAUCAUUCGCUGGGCCUCAGCUCACCGCCAGCCAACAUCACCACGUCGGGCGUGCCAAGCAUAGUCACGCCAAUCGUUAACGGUUUCACGGGCAUCCCGCACCAGCCCAAUGGCCACCCAGCCGUCGAGGCCGUCUACACCAACGGCCUCCCUCCGUACUCCACCCAGAGCCCCACCGCCGCCGACACCCUUCAGCAAGCCUUCACCGGAGUACAGCAAUACACAGCUAUCUACCCCGCCACCACACUGACCCCCAUCGGACAGACCCUGCCACAGGCCCCACAGGUCAUCCAGCAGCAGCAACAGCGAGAAGGUGAGGGACCCGAGGGCUGUAAUCUCUUCAUCUACCACCUGCCACAAGAGUUUGGCGAUAACGAGCUCAUGCAGAUGUUCCUGCCCUUCGGGACUGUCAUCUCCUCCAAGGUCUUCAUGGACAGAGCCACGAACCAGAGCAAAUGCUUCGGUUUCGUGAGUUUUGACAACCCAGCAAGUGCACAAGCGGCGAUCCAGGCCAUGAACGGCUUUCAGAUCGGGAUGAAGAGGUUGAAAGUUCAGUUAAAACGGCCGAAGGACGCCAGCCGCCCGUACUGACAGUCUCUUCUACAGUUUCCACUGCAAGAGCACAGGUUUUGAGAAGUGAAAUCUCAUGAGGAGUUACAACUUUUUUUCUUUGAAAACUAAUAAAAAAAAACAAGUACAAAAAAUGCAAAGGGAUUUUUUCAAAAAGACAUAUCAGCAUUUCCUUACGAAGACACAUUGCCGAGGCGGGAGGCACUACAGGAGUUUGCAGCACGUGGAUGGACUACAAUCCGACAGCAUCAGCAGCACAGGGCAAAAAAAAAAGACCAAGUGAAAUCUGAAAAGAUGCGAACUCUUGAGCUACAGAAUUUUCUCUCUCGCUGAGACUUGAAUUGUUAAUUAAGCAACAAACAAAAAAAAAGCAG